CCAACGACCACCUAGAAAGUGAGCCCCGGGUGCGUAUAUAAGCCGACGACGGAGAUCCAAGGCACGCAAAGUGUUCCACGUCUUCUCGCAACUAACAUGAAGGCCCUGGUGGUUAUAGGAGCGGUUUGCCUCUGCGCGGCUUUAGCUGCCGAAGCCGACGAGAAAAAGGAGGUUUCGGAGGAAAGCAAGAAGCAAGACAAACGCGGACUCCUCCUGGGCGACCACGGAUUCGGUGGCGGCGACUUAGGCGGAGGUGGUUAUCAUUUUGGAGGAGGAUUCGGCGGAGGUUACGGAGGCGGCGGCCACGGAGGCGGCGGCUACGGAGGCGGCGGCUACGGAGGCGGCGGCUACGGAGGCGGCGGCUAUGAGGGCGGUCUAGAACUGGGCGGCCACCACCAUGAAGAGCACGUCAAGACGGUCGUGGUGGAGAAGAAAGUGCCGGUACCCUACACCGUUACGAAACACGUGCCUUACACUGUAGAAAAGAAGGUUCCCUACGAGGUCAAAGUACCGGUACCUCAACCCUACACCGUCGAGAAAAAGGUACCCGUCCCUGUAAAAGAGUACAUCAAAGUGCCGUACGUGGUACCGCAACCCUACGAAGUCAUCAAAAAGGUACCGUACGAGGUGAAAGUUCCGGUCCCGAGGCCGUACGAAGUUAAGGUUCCAGUUCCGCAACCCUACACCGUCGAGAAGAAGGUUCCAGUACCGGUGAAGGUACCCGUUCCGCAGCCUUACACCGUGAUCAAGAAAGUUCCGUAUCCCGUGAAAGUCGAGGUACCGGUACCUCAGCCGUACACCGUCGAAAAGAAGGUACCGUACGAAGUGAAGGUUCCCGUCGACAGGCCGUACCCGGUGCACGUGCCCAAACCGUACCCCGUCACCGUGGAGAAACACGUGCCGUACCCGGUGGAAAAACCGGUUCCGUACGAAGUUAAAGUACCAGUGGACAAGCCGUACCCUGUGGAAGUACCCAAACCGGUGCCUUACCCGGUCAAGGUGCCGGUACCUCAGCCUUACACCGUAGAGAAGAAAAUACCCGUGGAGGUACCCAAACCGGUACCAUAUCCGGUCAAGGUUCAUGUGGACAAGCCGUACCCGGUUAUCAAAGAGGUACCGUAUCCCGUGGAAAAACCGGUGGCGGUACCAGUGAAAAUUCCGGUUCAUGUGCCCGUUAAGGUUCACGACGAGCACUACGGAGGCGGCGACUUCGGGGGCGGCUACGAGGGCGGCUACGAGGGCGGCUACGGGGGCGGCUACGGGGGCGGAGAGAGUCACGGGGGGUACCACUAGUCUCGUUGCUAAUUUUCUAGGUUGUUAUGAGCAGUUGUAUUUUAAAUCAAAUUAAAUCCCGGUAUAAAUAUACCGCGUGUUUCGGAAUGCGUGCAGUAUUAUUACAACAAGGACUGUGUUAAUUAUUGUAUAUUUAUCUACGUUUAUAAUAUAAUUAUUUUCUACGUGAACUGGUGGUUUCGUUAAUCCGUAGUCUCUCGCCGUAGCGAUCAAAUUAUAUGCUUUCUAAAAUACACGCUAGAGGGAACUUAAUCUAAUUAAUAUGUCCGAUUGUCGAAGCGAAACGGAUCGCACUUGCGCGAGAUUAUCGGGAAGUUUUCCAUUUUCGCAAUGCGUCAAAGUUUAUAUAAAAAAUAACGUUUUCCGUAUUUGCCGCGAGAUUCUGUCUGUGUGUCUUGUUUUUUGUAAAUUUUUGUAAAUAAAAACGUCAUAUC